CAAGCGUGGCCCGGGGACGCGAAUGGCCCGUGGCCGUGGCGGUGCUGGCGCCGGCAGCAGCCGCAGCGUGACCAAAGGUCGGUGCACCGCCCCGGGGACCUGCUGCCGGGCCCUCCCGCCGUGCGGAGCCGGUUCCUCCUUCCCCCAUCUCCGGAGCAGGAAGCGUGGGGCGAGAGCUGGGGAGUUGAGCAGUGCCGUGCCGGAGAGCAGCCCCGACAUGGCCCGGCGCGAGCGGGAGCAGGGCUCGGCAGGACAGAGGGCAGCUGGCAUUGCCCGCACCGUCUCUGUCUUGGAAGCUGCCCAGCCCCAGCUCGGGAGCCUAGGCCGCAGCUCCCACCUCUGGCCGGCCACCAUGGUGAGCAGGGAACGUUUGCAGCCACUGCAGAAGAUGGACACCAACAGGAGCAUCAGACGAGGUAGCCAGGGCACAGGGAGCUGGGGCAGGAGCAUGGGCAGGCUGUCCAUCAGCCCUGGCAGUACCCGGAGGAAGGAGCUGAAGGAAAUCCUCCUGCAGAGCAAUAGCCCCAGCAGCACCAUGCGUUUGGCCACUGCUCAGAAGACAUCCAACAGCAGCAGUCUUCUUGCAGGGCAGCACCAAGAACUGAAGCCUGAGCAGAACCCUGAGGUGCUGUCCCUUGCCCUGGAUCCCCUGGAGCACGAGUGGCUGCUGACAGUGGCUGAGGGUGAUGCAGACAAUAUCAUCAGGCUGCUGGAUCUGGAUCCCAGCCUGCUGACCAGGAAAGACUUUGUGACAGGCUUCACUGCUCUCCACUGGCUUGCCAAGCAUGGCCACCAUGAGAGCUUCAUUCAGGUCAUCUCCCACGCCCAGAGGAAGGGCUAUCCGGUCAACGUGAACAUCCCCACAGCCAGCGGUGGGCUCACCCCCUUGCACCUGGCCACCCUGCAAGGACACGAGCUGCUCAUCAAAUUGCUGGUGGGAGCUUAUGGGGCAGACACCAGCCUCAGGGACCACAACGGACGCAAGGCUUGGCAGUACCUGAGGGCAGACACCUCCAGGGAGCUGAAGGAGUUGGCGGGGGCCUUAGAGGACGACUUGGUCCAGCUGUGCUCUCACAACACCAACAACAACUGUAAGUCAUCCAGAGAGGCCAGGACAGGGCGGGACUGUGUGGACUCCUCUGGGGCCAGGGGGACCACCCAGCGUCCAAGGAGACUGUCAACCCUCCGGGGCUUUGUCAGACAGGCAUUUGCUCUCUUCCAAGAGCCCUGAAGCUCCCCUGGCCCAUUUUCCUGCAAACACAUGCUGAAUAGCAGCCAGAAGAGCCUCCAGGGAGCUGGGAACUUGGUGAGGGUCAGCACUUGAAAUCCCAGCCAAGCAGGGAUCACCCCCCUGCACAGGGACACCAUGGCUGCCCAGGGUCUUACGUGGUCUCUUGGGGCUGUGAUGGUGUGAAUAUGUGUGGGGCAACCAUGGCCACCAGGAGCACUGCCUGGGGACAGCCCUUCCAAAAAAUGCCUGUCCCCAGAAGGCUUUUGAGCCCUGCCCCUGCUGAUGGGGACUCCUUUCUGCAGCCCAGCAGAGCCCCAUGGUGAGGGCUCACAUGCUGUGUGGAGCUGCUUCUCUGACACCCGUGUGCUGGUGGGGGGAUGCUGACCCUCCAUGGGAGUUGGUGUCCCAUGCCAGGGGCAAAGGGUGGACACUGGGGCUGCCCAUCCCAGGCUGCCAGCAGACUUUGUGGCUGUAGGUGGGUCAUGGCAGCAACUCAGUGUCUUGGUUCUCCCUACAGAGCCAGGCCCUCGCCAUGCCCCAGCUGCCAGCAACACUGUGAGGUUGAACUGGUCAUGGUGCCUCAGGGGGCCUGGAGAGACACUGGCAGAAUAUAAUUAAUUAUUUCACAACCACGCUUGUGAUGUUGGAGGCCUGGCACUGGGCUGAUCAUGGAGAAGCAACUAUGGCUUCAGAAACAACAAAUUCCAAACACUUUUUUUUGUACGCUUCUCUGCCGGCAGGGAGAGCAGGUACAGACAAGCAGAACAUGCCACCCAGCUGCCAACGCUUUCCAGCUCCCUCUGAGAUCCCAGGGUCGCCACCAUAUGCAUCUCCUCUGGGUUGCUGUCUGUUUAUGACAGAUAAGCUGUUUCUCAGUAAAGCAAGAGCUGGUGCCUGGUUUGCCAGAGGAGCCUUUCAAGUACAAGACAAAUCCCCUUCCCUGGGCAUCUCCAUCCAGGGGCACCUGAGAUGCUCAGCCCCACUGGAGAUGGGGGCCAGAGCAGAGGAGGCAGGAGGGACACCCAGUGGGGUGUCAUGCAGUAGCUCCCAUGGGGACUGGAGUCCAAGAGCAGCUCUGGAAAGAUGAUUCAUUGCUCAAAACCAUGGAAAAUGUAAGAAGGCUGUGAGAUUAUGUUGUUGCUUGUCCUCAUGCUCAAAAACGAAACUCUUGAGAAACAUCCCUACAGCAGCAUAACCCCAUGUGUAUGUACUGGUAACUGCAUUAAAAGGGCAAAGCUUC